ACGGGCAGUCGAGGUUGCAGCAGGCAGAGGGAGACGGUGGAAGGUAACGCAGGGAGGCAGCAUCAUGGCGGACAGAGACAGUGGCAGUGACCACGGAGGGCCCAUCGCAGGCCCCGGCUCGCUGCCCCCGGGCGCGAUGGGCGCCAUGUCUCGGCUGCAGCACGACACCGAGGAGCUCGCCUCCAAACGUGUCGACAUCCAGAACAAACGCUUCUACCUUGAUGUGAAGCAGAAUGUUAAAGGCCGCUUCCUAAAGAUAGCCGAGGUCGGCGCUGGGGGAAACAAGAGCCGCCUGACUCUCUCUAUGUCCGUGGCCGUGGAGUUCCGUGACUAUCUCGGGGACUUUAUCGAACAUUACGCCCAGCUGGGCCCCACGAACCCAGACAUGGUGCAGGAUGAGCCCCGGCGGGCGCUGAAGAGCGAAUUCCUGGUGCGGGAGAAUCGGAAAUAUUACAUGGAUCUGAAAGAGAACCAGAGGGGGCGGUUCCUGAGGAUCCGGCAGACCGUUAAUCGGGGCCCCGGAUUGGGAAGCGCGCAAGGCCAGACCAUCGCUCUGCCGGCGCAGGGUCUCAUCGAGUUCCGCGACGCUCUGGCCAAACUCAUCGACGACUACGGCGUGGACGAGGAGCCGGCGGAGCUCCCGGAGGGCACCUCUCUCACGGUCGACAACAAGCGCUUCUUCUUCGACGUGGGCUCCAACAAGUACGGCGUGUUCAUGCGGGUGAGCGAGGUGAAGCCCACGUACCGGAACUCCAUUACGGUCCCCUGCAAAGUGUGGUCCAAAUUCGGCAACACCUUCUGUAAAUACGCGGAGGAGAUGCGGAAGAUCCAGGAGCGGAGUAGAGAGAAGCGGGCCUCCGAACUGCUACCUGAGGGCCCGCACGGCGCGGAUGACGGAGACGAUGACUGACUGAGGAGCGCAGGUGAACCGAGCGAGACGCAUCCUGAACUGUGAGAGAAUAGAAAAAUAAAAGAUGAAAAACCCGAGACUUUUUAACUGUAAGAUAGAACGAGAGUUUCCACGGGAAUCACCCCCCCUCCCUCCCCACACACACACACACACAACCUCCACAGACAUGGCAGCACCUUCCGCUGCCUCCUCGCUCAUUUUACUGGAUGUCACCCCACUUACCACCCAUGUAACAGUAAGCCGCUGCUAUCAAGGACGGAACUGUAAGAUAUGAACUGUUUCCUACUUGGUUUAAAUGACAAUGAACAGAGUGUUUAUAGCCUAUCUCUAUCAAUGACAUAUUUUGCACACAUCAAAGCUAUUUCAAAAAAAAAAAAAAGUAAAUGUUUUCAAACUGCAUAUAUGCUAAGAUUUAAUCAAAGUAAAAAGCAGAGGUCUAUUAUAUGAAUCGAUCGUCUUCAUGUUGAAUUAAUAUUUGACAUCAGCACAAAGAGAACAUCAUGUAUAAUGGAUUUUAUGAAACCAAAAUCAGAAACCAGAAGAUGUAAAGUUUACUUAUUAAGGUACGCAGAGUAAAGGUAAAAGCACUUGUAUGGAAUAAGAAGCACUACAAGGUUUUUAUAAACCUGUCAGCAUGUCGGCUCAUGCUUUGCGAAGAAGUUGGAGUGUUGGACUCUGGUUUGACCUAAAGCGUGCUCAGCUGACAGUAUUUCUUUCAUGCAAUUCUGGAAAAGUUCAGACAGAUUUAAAAAGCCUUCACAGAGGGCCUUUAAAGAGGAAAAAAAUGAUAUUAAUAUUGAUAGUGGGAUAAAUCUGAGCUUCUCUAUUGAAUAUCAACUUUCUUGCACCAUGUCCAUGUAAACCUAAAGGAGAAAAGUGCUAACUUAGAUGUACUAAUUAUGAUUUUGUGAAUCAGCUGUAAAAAAAAAAAAAAAAAAACGAGAUCCUUAUUAAGAGACCCACGUUUUCUGUGGGUAAAAGUCUUUGUUUUAUUUGUUUCUUUGUCACUCUUUUCCUCUGGAUGGUGUGGGGGAUGCAAAAAAAAAAGAAAAAAAAAAAGGUCGAGGUCUCUUGGCGCAAGACGCAGAAAACAAACAAAAAAAAGAAACCUUAGACGCGUCAGCGCAGCGCGCGGCGAGGCUACAGCAUCCUCUCUGACGUCAUUACGACCCGUGCCUUAUACACUCCACUCGUUUACGUGUCUCUCACACGGAUGGUCCGUGACCUCGACCGUUGUAUGUUUUUAUUUACGAGUGUUGUCAUCGUAGGCAGAGAUAUGGUAGAAUUACCGGGGGUUUGCAGGGUUGCACACCCCCCCUACGGUCCUUAAAAGUGUGAGUUUGGAACACCAAGUCGGAGCUAAAAGGAGAGACGGGUGUGGCGGUGGUGGGUGGAAAGGGCCUGGGCCCCGCCCCCCUUUGCAACGCCCCUGCUGUUGUCUUCUCUGCCUGUAGGCAGGAAUGAUAAAAUAUGGCUUUGUAAUCUAUAUGCACCAUGAUGGUGAGUAAAAAACUAAAGAUAAGGAGCUGCUGGAUGAGAGCAGAUGUCAAAGCUGAGAUCAGUCCAGAGGAUGCAGAGGGCCAAGGCAGUAUCUAUCUUUUCAUGGUGCUACAGCCCCCUUGGUGGCUCCUUGGGAGGGAGCCCUCGCCACUCAUGAUAUGUCCCUUUUUGCAUCAUAUUUUUCUUUUUUUUUUUUUUUCUGUCUUCAGAGUUUAUGUCUCCACGUUGUCCAAAACGUCUCGGGUUUCUCCUUCCCAGCAAGAGAAGAAGCCACCUGACUGAUGUAGGACAUUUCAUAUUAGUGUGCAAUAUUGUGUACGUGCCAAUUGUGGCAUUGUAUCAAGUGUACAGAUUAUUAAACGAGGAAAAAAAUACAAAAACAAAAAACAAAAAAAAAACAAUGUACAGGCUAUGUGAUCGGUAGAUAUUUGAAAGCAUGAAGAUAAGGAUGUUGCUCCUGCGUUUUUCUUUUGUUUUGUUUUUAUUUUUCCCAAAUGUGAAGACUGCUCAAACUGAAGAAACCUUGUAGUGAGAACUUUUUGUUUUUAAAUUUUCCUUUAACUUUCUGUAAACCAGUCGGCUGCCUUGUCUGUCAUUCAGUGCGCAUACACUAGUUUGUGUUAUUGUUUUUUUUUUUUUUCAUGUCCUCGAUGAGAUCACCCCCUCCCCUCCCCGUUCUUCUUUACAUGCAUACAACACAGACGCACAGUCGGCCCCUCCUCGGGUGUCUAGAAAGCAUCCUGAAGCUGGGGUCCAGAGGUGGCCGACACACACACACACACACACACACACACAUCCAGCCUCCCCCUGCUUAGGCCUCCUGUUGCUCUCUGAGUGUUUGGGAGGUCUCUAAAGUAUUUUGAAUGGUGUCUAAAACUACAAAAAGCCUCUUGUUGUUAGGAUCUCGUACAGAAUCACUGAUUGCAGGACAGGUGAUGCACAAUUCUGCUUUUUAUUUCAUUAAUAUUUUGAUUUUGAUCAGCUUUUUCUGACACAGGCUUCUCUUUCUCAGCCAGAGCCUGAAGGAGGUCCGGUCUCUUUCUAGAGAGCUGGCACCGUCUAAUUAUUUUAAAAUUGAGCUCCACGCGCUUAGAUCACGAUCAGGUUUAUGUAAAGCCAGUUGGCACCCAGCAGCUAACAACUGAUCCCAGUCACGUGGCUACGAAGCAGACUUAAAGGGGGAAACAGACUGUAAAAGGCCCUGAUGCCAGUGUUAGGAAAGCAGAUGCUCACCUUGGCUGCAGGUUCUCUUUAUUUAAAAACAGAGAGACAAUUUGUCUUUGAUUUGUUGUGCUUUUUCACCUGUAUCAAGCGGUUUUUUGGCUCGUAUUGAUCUCAGAGAGAGCCGGCGAAAGGAAAGGCCUAGCAGUUCUCUGCAGACAGCUAACCAGCCGUUGUAAAGAACAGGGAAUCUUUUUUUUGCCCUGUUGCAGAGAUAUUUCCUCACGCUGGCUGUGAAUUAUGACAAAAGGAAGCCCAUAUCUAUUGAACACGUGCCACCUAUGACUAUGUGCCCAGCAAAGCACGUCUGAGGUCAGUCCGAGUUCAUCCUGAGCCUGAUACAAGUCCAAACUCUGUUGGGAUGCAGCUUUUAACCUCCAAAGUACUCUCUCUCUCUCUCUCUCUCUCUCUC